AUGUCAGUGAUAAUCAAGAUGGUGUUAAAGGAAAAGUGAUAUCAUUUGAUCCAGGUGUACGUACCUUUAUAACUGGUUAUGAUCCUAAUGGUCGAGUUGUAGAACGAAAAAAUAAACGUAAAAGAUACAAAUUGAAGAUAAAGAUAUAUAGAAUCAUUGUUAGAAUUAGGAACUUGAUUAACGAAUGUCAUCAUCAACUUGCUCGUUGGUUAUGUGAGAAUUAUGAGAUCAUAUUAAUACCAAUAUUUGAAACCUUGAACAUGGUUCUUAAAAACAAGAGAAAGAUCAGGUCGAAGACUGCAAGGAUGAUGCUGACAUGGUUACAUUAUAGAUUUAGGAUAUUUUUACACCACAAAGCUAGAGAAUUUGUAAGUUGUAAAGUUAUCAAAUGUACUGAAGAAUAUACAUCUAAAAUAUGUGGUAACUGCGGAUUGAUCAAUAAAAAACUUGGUGGAUCCAAAAUUUUUAGAUGUGAUUCUUGUAGUUUAGAAAUAGAUAGAGAUAUAAACGGUGUCAGAAAUAUCUUACUCAAACAUAUCACAGAGGGUCAAAUUAAUCCUGACUUUGGGACUUGA